AUGGUUCUCGCAAAGAAGGACAGCGAGAAGGGCUAUUCUGGCAUCAACGAGGUGGCGAUACCAGAGCACACCAUCAACAUUCACAAAAGCAUCCACAGAGUGGACAUCAAGAAGCUGGUUCGUUGGGCACUGAAACAGAUUUGGAGGUUUGCCACAAAAGAGAUGGGGACUCCAGAUGUGUGCAUUGAUCCCAGGCUGAACAAAGCUGUCUGGGCCAAAGGAAUAAGGAAUGUCCUAUAUCACAUCCAUUUGAGAUCAACCAGAAAACAUAAGGAGAAUGAAGACUCGCCACACAAGCUCUCUACUUUGGUUACCUAUGUACUUGUCACCACUUUCAAAAUCUACACUGUAGAUGAGAACUAA